CCGUGCCGUGCGUCACGCACCCCCGAGCCAUAAGAGCUGGCCGACGGCGCUGGACACCGGCUCAGUCGCUGCGCAGAUCCGUCCGCCGCCGCUGCCGUGUCCUCUUCCGCCCGCCGCCACUGUCGCCGCCGUCUCCGUCACGGAAGGCCGCCGCCCCUGUAUGAUCUCGAGCACCGCUGCCGCUCGCGUUGACACUGUCCACCUGUUGCUCUUCGACUCGUGUCUCGCAUGCCACAAGAUGUCAGCCUUCCCACAAGGCAUGCACGCUGCAUACAAAGUGCGUAGCAACUUGCAGAAGUACGAGUCAAUGACCAAGGCAGAUCAACAGUCAUCAUUCAGCAGCUCUAGUACAGAUAACUCAGGCAGUGGGAACUAUCCUCACAUGGGAAAUAAAUUUAUGGAAGAGUUGCCCACUAAAUAUAAUGACAAGUUGAUGAAGAGUAUCUGGGGUUUCUAUAACAGAUAUUCUGUUCACAACCUGAAGACAAUUGAGGAUGGAAAUGUCAGCAAGAGCCAGCAGUAGUUGUAGCUGACACCAGAGGAGGUCCUGUCUCCACGAUAUGCAUUACUUCAGUAUAAUUUUGAGGGAAAUUAAUUAAUUUUUAUUAGACAUGAAACACAUCUGUAAUGAUGUGGAUCACUAGUCUUCCACUAACUAUGUGUGUAGUUGAAUAGGUGUAGUUGUGUAGGUAAUUUUCCAAGAAAUAUAUUUUAAAGUAAUAAUAGAAGUUCCAAUUGAAAAGAUUGGAAGAAUGUGAUAUUUUACUUAUGUGUUAUAAUUUUUUAAGAAAAUAUAAUCAAUGUCUUAUAUUUAUAGGUAACAAUGUAAAAUAAUUUAUGUUAAAGAAAAUAAAAAAUAACAAUGUUGUGAUA